AUGGAAAAGUAUAGCAGGUGGGCGGAUCUGACGACGGGGAUCAACCCGUUCGUGCCCCAGCGUCGACGCUUCACGUCUGGAUGGCCCGUGACCAUCCUCCACGUGGCAUGUGGCUCUCUCUUGGCCCUUGUGCGGUUCCCGUUGGUCCUCGUUGUCGCUGUGGCGCUCGUUUUAGUCAACGUCGUGGUAUCCAUUUUGGCCGUGAUUCCGUUCGUCGGGCGAUUACUGAAGCGUCUCGUCGAGUACCUGCUGUGCUCUCUGCUGCUGCUCCUCUUUGGUGUCUUCACUUCGGAAGGAGCUGCCAACACGCGUCGAUUGGGGCUGGCUACAGCCAAAGCAAAGAGCGUUAAGGGUUCAUCCCAAGUCGGAGGGGGUGAUGUGGUCGUUUGCAACUCUACGAGCUUCCUCGAGGUGCUGUACCUGGCCAAACGCUUUUCUCCCGUCUUUGUCUACGGUACAGACGAAAAGAGUGCCUCAGGACAUCUCGUACAUGUCUGCGGACUGCUAGAGGCGCUUUUCCGGUCCUUGACUAUGCCUGUGACAGCUGAACGUGUCAAGCCCACGAGAAAGAUGGCAGAUGUGAUACGUCGUGCCUCUGGACCGGUCGUGCUGCUACCGGAAGGAGCUCGUAGCAACGGCAAAGCGGUGCUACGAUUCACUUCGUUGCUGCAGAACCUGCCAACUCAAACUCGUGUGCAUCUGAUGUCAUUCCGUUACGAGUUCAAGCGCUUCAGUCCGAGUCACACUGCUGGAGGUGCGUGGUCUCACCUCUUUUGGACCGCUUUUCACUUGUACCACACGAUGAGCGUGACACUACUGCAUGCACAAGAUCUGAAGUUGAACGACCUGACUUCGACCAAGCUGCCAAGUAGCAAGAAUAAAAAGAAGCAAGAAGAGUCCGAGACGCUGUCUUCGGACCAGGUGGAGAAACUGCGCUCGCUUCUGGCCGCUAUGCUGCGUACCAAGACGGUUGAUUUAGGUCUGGACGAUUUCGUGUCGUUCAACAACUACUGGGAUCAUGUAAAUGGUGGAGGACGGCAGCCAGCAUCGCAAUUUACGGACCGCAAGGCUCCUCACGAGCAUGCUCAGUGGGCCAAGAAAUAG